AAAUUACUAUAAAAGAAACAACAAAUAUUGUUUUCCUUUCAUUAGUAUAUUUGUUUGGAAUUACUUGUAAAUUCCGACAUUUCGAGAACCAUUUAUCUCUUAUCCUUCUAUCUGGAAAAUUCUAGAUUCGAAAAAAACCAUUCAUUCACUAAAUUCACAUAUUUCAUUCACUGACUUAUCAUGAAACUGUUUAGGGUCAAAAUAACAUUCCCACGUCUUUUUUUGAAAUCUUAGACUCCUUGUUGCCUCUCCACUACAAACGAAACAUACUCAAGAAUUUCAAAGACAGCGUUUGUAUUAGUCGAUUGCAUUCACUGCAAUUGAAAACUAGUUUUCAAUAAUGCUGACUGUGGUAGGGGUGGUUUUUGUCUAUUUGUGACCUUUCCAUAAGUCGUUUUUGUGAGGGUAAACAUAAAUUGUGAGUGACUGCAAGUGAAUAGCUCGUUGAAAAAAAUGACAGGUCCAGUAGUUAUUCCCCUGGAAGCUGAAGAAAAUAAUAAUGAAAAGGUCAUAAACCAAGAUAAAAAAAAUAUAGUUGAAAUUAAGAAACCCAAGCCAUACACUCUACGUCGUAAAGUGAAAUCUAGAUCUCGUCCUCCAGCAUGUUUCGACUUUUGCGGAUGCUACUGCUUCUUGAUCCUUUGCAUUAUCAUAUUUAUUUUGGUGGGUGUACUGUUCUAUGACUAUGUAUACUCUCACACGCGACACGAAGUAAGCACAACGGAGAUCAUUGCCUGUUGCAAAUCCCUCCUCAAACUAAGAAAUUGUGGCGAUUAGGAAAGUUAUUCGAAAUGUCAGAGUUUCUUUCCCUCCGGUUUUUUAUAUCGAAAAAAGAUCCAUAUCUCAAUUUUCAAAAGAUCGAUUCAUAUGAUAUAUUAAUUAUUCAAAAAAAACUUUCCCGCUGUUGAGAUGUUUAUAAAUUGUAGCGAAUACUUCAAAGGAAUGAAAAAUAAAUGUAUUAAAAGUCUCCAGUUGUACUUUACUGUACAACACAUAUGUAUACGUCAGUUUUUGAAGUACGCACAGCAAGGAAACAAGUUUUUCUCAUAUAGGUUCAAACUGGUUUCAUAUAAAUUGAUAUAUACACCACUGUAUAUGCA